AUGGGGAAGAAUGUACAUGUCGCCGCUGGACGAGCCCCGCCUAUGCAACCUGCUGGAGGGCGCCGAGUUGGGCCAAGACGGCGAGGUCUAUGUGGAAGGGGUGCAAGGCAUGCUGGCAUCAACCGCCCGGCUGCAGCAUCUCUUUGCCGCCUUGCAGACCUUGCGAUGCAGCACGCCGCCUACAAGAACAGCCCGGUUGUGGACAAGGCCCUGGCCGACAUUGCCCGCAUCCUGGAACAAGCGUCUGCAGCACAGCGGCAUGAACCUCAGGAAGAAGCUCCAGGAGAAGACGCCGAAGAGGAGGAGCUGGAGGUGACUUAUCUGCUGCCUCGAGACCCCGCAAUUCCCAAGGCCGACCGCGGUGAGCUGCAGGACCUGCGCGCCAAAGCCAGGCGCGACAUCGACAACAUCGACGCCGUGCUCUUUCCGCACCUCUUUCCUGAUGGUCAAGGCGGCUACCGGCCACAUGUUUACCAUAAGUUUUCCGAGUAUGCCCGGAAGCGGCUGCUCGGCAAAGAUGGCCGCUUUGAGGCAGACCCCGCCUAUGUCAUGUGGUUGCUGGAGGAACAGAUGAGGAAGCGCUUGUCAGGCAACGUCACCGUCCGCUUGAAGGGCCAGCUUCAUCCGGAGCUCGCCAGCCGGCACGAGGAAUACACGCGCAGGGUGUUCACUGCUCUGCGGGAUUUGCCGGGCACCCAGCCGUACCUCUUUGCGAAGCGGGGCGUGGCCAUGGGCAUGUAUGAGCAGCUCGGCAAACCCCAAUUCUUCUUGACCCUGACCUGCCACGCCAAGCAGCCCAGCAUCCUGGCAGCGGUGAUCACCGCCAAGCUCAUCCGCUUGCACGGCCGCGCUGCCGAAGAGGAGGUCGCCGGCAUCCUCUACGACUAUCAGCGGGAUGACAACCACAAGUGGGAAGGCAUGACCGCGACCCAGCUUUGCAAUUCCAUGCCGGCGGUUGUGGCCAGGCAAUUCAUGCAUGGCCUGCGGCAGCUUCUUCACUGGUUGGGCGCCGAAGACUUCACAGCUGAGGGUGCCGAUGAGCAGGACCGUCCGGAUGGAGGCGGCGGCGACAGAGGUGACGAACAGGAAGAGGACGAGUGGGCGGCUGCCCCAGCACUGGGCCAGGACGGGCAGUUUCACCGCGUGAAGGAGGACAAGCCGCCCUUCAAGGUCUUCGACUACAUCGUCCGCAUUGAAUGGCAGAAGCGCGGGUGCCCCCAUGCCCACAUCCUCCUAUGGACCGACGUCCCAGACGUCACCGGCAAGAAGCGGCCCGAACAUGCAGCAGCAGAAGGGGAAGAGGAGAAGCGCCAGGAGGAGGUCGACUGGUCCGACGAGGAAAUAUCUGCACACGUGGUGCCGGCCUGCGCAGAGGACCUCAGCGACAAGUACAUCAGCACCAAAUCGGCCCACCGCUGGAUGCAGGACGGCCGCAGCACACCUAGAACCCGCAAGGUCAUGGCGAAGCUGGCGACCUUUGUGGAGCACACCUGUGGCCCCUACUGCGGGAAGUACACCAUUGGCGCCUGCCGCUUCGGCUUUCCGAGGGCCUCCGAGAAGCACACCCGGUGGCGGACGGCGCAGGAGCAGUUUGCCAGCCGCUGGAAGUCAAGCUUGGCGGCACGGCGGCACGAAGACGACGGCUUCGUCGGCCAGUACAACAAGGCCAUCCUUCGCUUUUGGCGGGCCAGCAUGGACCUGCAAGUCGUCUGCAAGCUCAACUGCGCGAGCAAGUACAUCUUGGGCUACUGCUUCAAGUCUGAGGAGGACCUGGCGGCCAAGAAGCGCGUGGACAACAUAGACCCGACCACCAACGAAGUAUACAAGGCCGCGCACGCCGCGACGCAGGGCCGCACCACCUCCACCUUUGAAGCCGUGCACUACAUCCUGGGCUAUUCGCCGGUGUUCUUCUCCCGAGAUAACAUUUGGCUUCAAGUGGGGCCGCCCGGCACGUGGACGCUGUCUGUGCCGCAGGCUGAAGAACAAGAAGCGCUGCAAGACCCGGCAGCCUACAAGGAGAGACAGCAAGAAGCAGGACGCGGUGCGCCAGCGGCGCAGCGUUGGUACCAGCAGCUGCAGCAGCACUUCCCGGAUGCUGAGACUUUGGUGCCUUCAGAAGGCGGGCGGCCCGUCGUAAAGCCCUGGCGCGAGAUCAGCUUCUUCGACUUCGCCGCCGGCUUUCGCUUUGGAGGAGCGGUCUUCAACCCGGAGAAGGUGGUGCCCAGGCGCUUGCCCGCCAUCGUCGGCCAUCGGAACUACAGCCCCGACCUACAGCCGGAGGUGUUCUACUAUUCCAAGCUGCUCCUCUACUUGCGCUGGGUUGAACCCGGGAAUUGGCUGGCCGACGCAGAUUGCGGGAGCCACGCCGCAGCCUUCCACCGCAUCGCCAUGGACCGCGACCGCAACCCAACCUUCUUGCAGUCUCUGUGCUUUCCGAAGCUGGAUGGAACCGUGCAAGCGGCAAGGGAGCUGCAGGCCGUGCAAGCGGUUAUGUUCUUGAAGGCAAAAUUGGACAGCGCCACAUGGACGCACACCCGGGCCGAGGAGGAGAACUACCAGGACUCCAUGCGCAUCAUGCAGGCCCUGAAGGAGCGGCACGGGGACGACAUCGACUUCAUGGCCCCGUGCAACGUGCCAACUGGACCUGCCACUGACAUCUUUGCAGCGGUGGAAGGGGGUGAGGAAGCCUUCAACAUGCUGACCGUCGAGGACCCUAGCCCCGAAGUCUUGAAGCAGAGGCGCUGCAUGGAGUACAUUUUGCGCUCGGUGCUGGACGGGCCCAAUUCCAAGGACAAGAACAACUUGGAGCGGCUCAACCUCUUGGUGCACGGGCCCGGGGGCUGCGGAAAGUCAGUGGUGACGAGGGCAGCGGCGCACAUGCUGCGACAAAGUGAACGCGGUGUGGUGCUGGCGGCGCCGACAGGGGUGGCCGCUUUCAACAUCAACGGCACCACCUUGCACUUCAGCCUCCUGCUGCCGGUCCAGAACCAGAGCUACGGCAAGGUAUGCGACCUGCCCUUGCCCAGGGGUGAGCAGCUGGCUACAUUGCAAAGCUUCUGGAAGCACGUCGACGUCCUCAUGGUGGAUGAAAUGAGCUUCGUGUCCUCCGACCUACUAGAUCGCAUGGAUCAGCAUUUGCGUUUGGCCAGGGACAUGCCGCACCACCCCUUCGGCGGCCUGCACGUCAUCUUCAUCGGGGACCUCUACCAGCUACCGCCGCCUGGAGGCCGACCGAUCUUUGCCAGUAAGCUUUGGGAGCUUUUCGAGCUGUGCGAGCUGGAAGGCAACCAGAGGGCGGGAAAGGACCCUGCGUGGGCAGCGUUGCUGGCGCGGGUGAGGAUCGGCAGAUGGACCGAGGAGGACAUUCAGGUCUUAGAAAGCCUGGUCAUCCCCAAGUACAGCGGCCGUUCGCCGGCCCCCGGUGCGGUCUGCCUCUAUGCAACCCGCGCAGCGGUGGCAACCCGCAACAGGCGCUAUAUCCAGGGCCACGUCGAGUACACCAACGGCGACCUCUACGAGUGCCCUGCGGUGGACAUCUCCGUCGGCUCCGGCGCUCCGUUGCCGCCAGAGAAGGCGUGGCCGCUCCCUGAAGACACCGGAGGCAUGGAAACCUUGCUGCAGCUGGCAGUAGGCGCGAAGGUCAUGUUGCGCAAGAACCUCGACGUCCAGGACGGCUUGGUCAACGGCGCCUGUGGAAUUGUGGAGCACGUUGACACACGCAGCAACAGGGAGGUCGAGAAGGUGUGGGUCAAGUUCGACAAGGACGCAGGGAGCAAGUGGCAAGCCGCGAAUGAAACCACCAGCGUGGCCAUCAACCGCUGCAGCGCCUCGUUUGACGACAAGGACGGCAGCAAGGCAGAGCGGCGCCAAUUCCCGUUGGUCUUGGCAAAAGCCACCACCAUCCACAAGAGCCAGGCGGCCACAUACUAUGCAGGCGUGCAUGCCCGCCUGGACAAACACGUCAAACAAGAAGGGCAGGCGUACGUUGCGUUGAGCUGGUCUCCGACCGAGAAGCUUUGCAGCCUUGAAUGCUUCGACAGGAGCAGCCUGCACUUCAACGCCAACGCGCAGUGGGCUCUGGUGACGCUCAAGGAGAAGCAGUCCAGGAGCAGCGGGCCAAGGAAGGCCGCUUUGCGACAAUUGUGGGAAGAGGUCGUUCUACCACCAGAAGGACAUAAGCACUACAAGACCCUGCUGCAUCACUUGCCGCCGCCCGAUUGGAAAGCCUAUGACGAGGAGCAGCGGGCCAAAAGCGCACCUGAUAGCAAGGACGACAGCAAGGCAGGUGGCAAGCUGACGUGCCCACAAUGCGGGUGGACGGCCGACGAUGCAGCCCAAUACAAGAAGCACAACCGCGCUUGCCCGGCCAAAGCGGCAGCCAAAGCUAAAACUAAAGCCGCGGCCAAAGCACAGCAAGCCGCAAAGGCCAAAGCCAAACCCAAAGCCAAGAGCAAGAGCACUGAGCGCGCGGCUUCGCCGACGACGCCGCCCGCCAAGGCAAACAGAAGAGGCUAUGACCCCCCAGCACCUGACAGCCCGCCGCCCCUGCCACCGCCUGCAGAUCCACCGCCCCCAGAUCUGGAGCCGCCAGCGCCUUGCUUUUAUUUCGAGAAGCAGCAAGCAGGCCGGUGCGGAAUGCACGCGCUCAACCACGCUUUGGGCCGUGCAGCCUUCACCCCGCAGGACAUGAGGACAGCUGCUGCAAGCUACUUGCAAGAGUUGCAGGGCAUCGACGACGCUGCACAUGAGCACAUCCGGCCAGGGGGCUGGUAUUCCGUGCAAAUCCUCUACACGGCCUUAUUCAACCGCGGCUACACGCUGAAUUUCCACCAGCCCAUCCAAUCGCUGCAAGAAGCGCACUUGGCCCCUGCCCUGGUGCAGAAUUGGAACAGCCAGCACUGGGUCGCGUACCGCUGGGGGCACGAUGGCGCCAUCUACCUGCUGGACUCCAUGCGCGACGGGCCUCACAGAAUGCUCGAAGAGGAGUUCACUGCAACCUUGGCGAUGCAUUGGACCUAUGUCGUCGAGCCUAUACCGCCAACCCAUGACAUGUAG